UGCUUCCAGUCAGAGCGUUUGUUUUGAAAUGGGGAAGUUAAGUUUUGUAACAAUCCAAUAGGAGGAAGGAAAACAGCAGCUUCACAUUACAGUUGGUCGAAUAACCAGAUUUUUUUACAAAUAUAUAAGAAUGCAACUAGCCAGCUAAGCAACUAGUUAGUUAGGUAGCGGUCGAAAUUUAAUCAAUUGUUACCUGGAGGAAAAUGGGGGAGGGUUUAGCAUUUUCUUGUAUUUAGUCCAGGGGAGGGUCAUGUAAUUUGUAAUCGAUUUAUAUGUCAAUAUUUGUCAGCAUUUUGGAAUGUACGUGUUGAAUUCGGGUAUGUAACUUUGGUGUACAACCCUGCUCUCUCUCGUUCUCCUCGCUGAGCUCGGCUGGGUGGGCACUUAGCUUUCCAUUGGCUUUUCGAUCAGACCCUCUCUGUGCUUGGUGUAUCAGAACGUGGGCAUGUAGAGUAUCUGGUGAAUCAAAUGGUGCUUGUAGUGAUGACGUAGGGAGCUAGCGCACAAUAAGAACGAUGGUAGAAAUGCUGCAUUCAAAACAACUGGGAACUCAGAAAUCUCACACUUCAGUGCGUUCAAGACAACUCGGGGAAAGGGAGGGGAGAACGAGCUCCGACUGGGGAAAAUAGUUUUGAAAGGUCAUCCAACUCCGAAUUCAAAGUCGGAAACUCGGGCAUCUUGCUGGAGAUCUGACUUUACGACCUGGGGCCUGUUGCACAAAAGUAGAAUUAAGACAUCCGGGAUAAAUGACUCAGCUGAGCUCAAUGAAGCCAAAACAUGUGCGUCCAGGCUUAAUUGGUUGCACAAAGACCAAGCCAGGAUGAGCAGACACGGAUUCAUUAAACCAGGUGAAACCAAUCCUGGAUAGGUGCGCGCUCACGGCUCACUCAAAUAGACCCCGCCACAGAUCACAGAUUAACUGAUUUACCAUGGCAACUAGAGCCGCGUACUUUUCCCCGUCGGAAGCACAAAUCCUCAUGGAGGCAUACGAGGAGGUAAAAGAUAUAAUUAAGAAGAAAGGCAACACCGCCACAGUGAUAAAGCAAAGAGAAAACGCGUGGCAAAGUAUUGCAGACCGCCUGAAUGCGUAAGUAGUGCACAAUUACACACUCACCGCUCCGCUGAAACAUCACAAUUACAAUUCAAAUAUUUAAUUCACAUCUCCAAAAAUGCAGUUGUACUGUAAUUUAUGAAACGGUUAAAUUUUUAAUUGAAAUGCACUGCAGAUAUGAGUGAAAUUGUUUAAAGUAACUCCAUCACACUGUAUAAAGCUAUGAUAAAUUUUUUGAUAUUUUUACUGAAAACAAGACAAAAAUACCAAGUAAUUUUUUGCAGUGUGACUCCAUUGUGUGUGUGUGUGUGUGUGUGUGAGUGUGUGUGUGUGUAGAUUAAACAUGAACGGGCCAAAACGGACAUGGCAGCAGGUCAAAAUCAAAUACAAGAACAUUCUGCAGAAUGCAGUGAAAAAGAAUACCCACAGACAAGGCACGGGUGGUGGGUCACCAAAGGCUGACCUUACCCCAGCAGAGGACAUGGCCUUGGAGCUAAAUAAAGGCAGGCCCGUCUUAGAGGGGAUCCCUGGGGGAAAGAGACGAGCAUAGGUUCCUCCCAAGAUGCCACCCGCUUCAUUCAAGUGUCUGGCAGCACUGUGUUCCUGUUAGAGCCACCAGCACAAGCACCAGACGAUGCUGAUCCAGGUGAAGGCCCCAGUGCAGCAGCAACAGCACAUGAUGGAGACGAUGAUGAGGAGGAGACCAUCUCUCUGGAUUCCAGAAGGCAUGAGGACCCAGAUGCUAUACAGUGGGAAAACCAGCCUGGCAACAUAGUGCGUAUUAAUAAAAGGACACCACAUCCUGCCAAAUUCCAGCUGCGCUAAUUGUAUUGUGUUCACAGAGCUCACAAGCUAUCAGAAAGUUGUAUGGUAACCACCUCCGGCGCCAAAUAGAACUGGCAGACAUAGACAUUCAGUACAAGAAGAAAAAGAUGGAAAAUCUUGCACUGGAGUCCGAAAUAAAAAAGAGGACAAUUAGGAAACUGGACCUUGAAAUAAAAAAACUUGAGAGGGAGCUCCAAGAAGAUGACACAGCUCAAAAUAAAAAUUAGCAAUCAGUACAACCAAGUCAUCGUUAUAAGGCAUCGCCCUCUUUUGCCCACCCCCCAGCACCAGGUGUGGCCACUAGCCUAUAUGAAGGCCCAAAAUUGUGUGUUCCUUUCUGCUCUGACAAUGGCAUGCCCAUUCGUGCGAGAUGUGGUGGAUGAAGAAGCACUUGUGCUGAGGAGAGCCUUCAGGCGAGAAAGGGUCUUCAGGGACCGGUUGGACCCACUGGCCUUCCCUGAUGACCAUCUAUAUGAAAGAUACAGGUGUUCUGCAGAUGGCAUCAGGUAUCUAUGCAGACUACUGGGUCCCAGGAUUAAGCACCGCACUGCACAGAGCCAUGCACUGAGUGUGGAGCAAAUGGUUUGUGUGGCCCUGCGCUUUUUUGCUAGUGGAGCCUUCCUGUACUCAGUGGGGGAUGCAGAACAGCUGAACAAGGCCACAAUUUGCCGCACAAUAAGGAGUGUGUGUCUGGCUAUCAAAGCAUUAGCAGAUGUCUUCAUCUCCUUCCCUGGCCACAGAAGACUCUGUGACAUCAAAGAGGAGUUCUAUAGGAUUGCAGGUUUCCCCAAUGUCACUGGUGCAGUGGACUGCACACACAUAAGGAUAAAAGCCCCCUCAGGUGCCCAUGAGGCCGAUUUUGUGAAUAGGAAAUCCUUUCACAGCAUUAAUGUUCAGAUGGUCUGCAAUGCUGACUGUGUGAUCAGCAAUGUUGUGGCAAAAUGGCCUGGCUCAGUCCAUGACUCCAGAAUCUUUCGGGCCUCUGAAAUCUAUCACAAGGUGAAUUCUCUGGUGUGUUGCUGGGAGACAGGGGGUAUGGCUGCCAGCCUUUUCUCCUGACACCUUUCACAGACCCCCAGGAAGCACAGCAGGCCUACAACCAUGCCCAUACCAGGGCCAGAGUUGAAAUGACCUUUGGCCUCCUGAAGGCACGCUUUCACUGCCUUCACAAAUUAAGGGUCAGCCCUGUUAGGGCAUGUGAUAUUACUGUGGCUUGUGCUGUCCUCCACAAUGUGGCCUGCCCGAGGAAGGAGAGGGCCCCCAGAGUGCCACCAGCCAUGGACUGGGACAAUCCGGCAAUCUUCCCUGAUGACGACAGUGGUCGGCUGCUGAGGGACCAAUAUGUGUUGAAUUAUUUUAGUUAGUAUGUGUGCUUUCAAUUUUGGUUAAAUAUGUCCUGCGGUGGCAGAGGAAUUUGGGUUUUUUGGGUUCGUUUUUUGACGAAUUUGGCCUCUUAUGAUGUUUGUGCGGUAUACUGUGUGUAAUACAAGGCUGCAGGGAGGCUACUGCAUCCAUUCAUUUGUCUGUUCAGUUGAUGUGUAUGGAUUUGUCCUGCAUUUAUUUUAGUGUGCAGACAUGCAGGGUGUGUUAUAUACAGACCUUUGAAUGUGUAUGUAUCAUUUUGUAUAAUAUGCUUGGAUUCUGUGCUUUCCAUCUUGUAGAGUCACUGUGACUUCAG